AUGGGAAGUCCUGAACAAUCGAACCUCCGUGGUCCAUGCUUGGGUAUGCAGAGCAUGGCGAAACCUCCCGUUCCGAUGGCCGAGGAUCACCCGGACCCGCCUCCCAGCUUCUUUGGCAUCUCCUUCCUCAAGCCGCCUAUGCCGGAUUUUCCAGAGGAAGCACGGCUGAAGAAACUGCCGAGCCGCCCCUUGAUCGAAGAUGAGGAUGAGUUUGAGGCGGUCAUCACGUUUCCAGAUGGAGACUUUGUACGGGCGACUAGCGCGGGCAGUAGUGGAAAAGGGACCGCUUCAACGGUGGACACUGUCAGCUCAUCCUGGGACAGUGAGGCUUGGAGGCGUGAUCUGCCCCCAGGAACCAUCAUCGCGCCGGAUCGCCGGCUUCACGAGCGCCAUGUUCGCAAGAUGAAUCGCUUCCUACAUGAUGUCGAGCUGGCACCGAAGCAGUUCAGUGGCAUCAUCCGCAGCAGGCGCCAAGAUCAGUGA